CUGUUCUUCAUAAAAUAAAAUGGCUGAGUUUAUAAAGAAGAACAAAACCUAGUGCAGUGCAAAUUAUUUUAUUUUUAGUAGAAAAACUACAAAAUUUACAUCUUAUUUUCCAUUAAAAUCACUUCAGAUCAUUAAAGUAUUUAAUUUACUUUAGAAUUUCCAUCAACUAAAACCUUUUAAGACGAAAAUCUAACAACAAAAUUGUAUUUUCUCUGCGACAAGAAAAGAAGUGUAGUGAAAAAGAAAAUAAUAUAUAGUUUAUACGUAUAUGUAUAUGUUAAUUAAUAUAUAUACAUAUGUAUAAUAUAAUUGCAAAAUUUAUAGACUUAAAAACUUUUCUAAAAUAAUUAUAGUGGAAUUUAUCUAAAUAUCAAUACAAUUUUAUACAAAAUUUAUGUAUAUUUCUUGCAUUAUUAUUUCCAUACUUUUAAUGUGAGUUAUGUCCGGUGAAGGUGAUUCCGGUGAUAGUAGCAGUGAUUACAGUGCAAAACCCUCAACCUCCGCCAAUAGCAGGCGCAUUACUCGAAGUAGCAGAAAUGCUUCCGCAUCUGCAUCAUGCUCCUCAUCAACAAGAGGAGCUGCUGCAGGAGUAAGUAGCGGCAGUGGUGGUAGCAAAAAGAAGCGCCGAAUUGUGAUGCGAAUCGAAUUUGAUGAUGAUUCGGAUGAAAGUUGCUCCUCUAGCAGUAGUUGCGGCCUGAGUGAAGAUACCACAAACAAUAAGAAAAUUAUUAAUUCUAGAAAAACAAAUAAUUCCAUAAAAGCCGACAAUGAAUAUAACGACGAUAAUGACGAUGAGAUCAAAGCUUCUGCAUCGUCGUCAUCAUGUAGAAGAGUGCGAGGUAAACUUGGUAAAAAAUCAAAUUUCGUCUUUAACAGUGAUGAUGAUGAUGAUGAUGAAGACAAGAGUGAAGAUGAUACGCCGGUUGGCGGCAUUCGCCGCCGCAAUCGCCGUAAUCGCCAGAUUUUGGAAGAUGACGACGACGACGCCGCCGAUGAAGAAUCGGUCUCCAAAAAUGGCAGAGAGAUAUCGAAGACCGCACAAAAUGAUCAAAACGCUAACAUGUCACAGGAUGGAAUACCAAGACUUUCUACAUCACAGCAACAUGAUGAAGAGAACGGUUUUAAUUCGGACAGCAGUAGUAAUGAACUGCUCGAAAAGUGUCCCAUUUGUCUGCUGUCUUUCCGUGCGCAAGAAAUCGGGUCGCCAGUAACGUGCCAGCAUAUCUUUUGUGCAAAUUGCAUAGAAGCGUGGUCGAAAAAUGUGCAAACGUGUCCAAUCGAUCGUAUCGAAUUCGAUCGAAUUGUGGUUCGCGAAUCAUUCGAAAAUCGCGCGGUAGUACGUGAAAUCAAUGUUUGCAAAGGAGAUUGCGUCGAAAAAAUAACCCUUAGCGAUGACGAUGUAACUCAUUGUGAAGUGUGCAAUAGACCAGAUCGCGAAGACGUGAUGCUUUUGUGUGAUAGCUGCAAUCAAGGCUAUCAUAUUGAUUGUCUGACACCAGCUUUAACUGAAAUUCCAGAGGGGUCGUGGUAUUGCGACAAUUGUUUUGAUUCGGAAAAUGAAGAUUCUGAUAUGGUAGAUGAUUUGAAUGAACUAUAUGCGGACAUCCGGGAUAUGGGUAUUCCGGAGGCACGAUUGCGCGUAACCGAAGUGCAUCAACCACGUAUUUUGCGAACGAGACAAAAUGAAAGAAUUCGGGCGGCUAUAAUUUCGCGAACUCGACCCACUACCAGAAAUCAAGCUCAAAAUGUGAACGCGGCUCCAUCAACAAGUAGAACAGCAUCAACGUCAUCUCGUUCAACAAGAACCGUUCGGAAUAGUUCAAGAACAACAACAAGAGUUCCGAAAACUCGCAGACGUCGCCGUCGUCGUGCACGCCAACGCACAUACGUUGUUGAAUAUGAUUUAAAUAAUUAUGAUGAGAAGUUUGCAAUCAAGACUACGAAAAGAGUUAUUAGACGAAGACGUCGCAAGCGCACUCGAAGAACAGCACUUAGUCAAAGACAGGCAGAAAUAUUAAGCGGUGGAAGGCAAACGGCCAGCAAACGACUAGCUGAGCAAUUGGGCGUCAAAUCUACUAAUCGUGAGGCACGUGCAGCAGCUGCUUCACAAACAUUUUCCUUGUUUGGCAAUGCCAAUGACCUAGAAUACUUUUCCGACAGUGAUGAUGGAGGAAUUGAAAAUCAAAUAGAGAUCAGUACUGGAGGUGGUGGUUCAACAGCUGUGCAAACUUCAGUGAGAGUGUCAAGUUUUCGAACUCAUCGUGGAAAAAAGGGCUUACUUUCAAGAUUAGAACGCCAGCCACCAACAAGCACCCCCGAUCUUUUAUCAAAUAUAAUGGACUUGCAGGACCGUUGGCAUAAUGCCAGUCGGCAUAUGGACGCAGUAAGAAUUGGCCAAGAUGGGUCACUAAACCUCCCUCCUCCAUCAGCAAGUGAUGUUUCUGGUAAUUCUGGUAUAAAUGUAUCCCUUUCGACGGGAUCUGCGACCACAACAACUACAACCACAAAUCCUUCUAAUAUUGAAACCACUCAAGCCCCAAUGUAUCCCCGCGGUGGCGGAGGUAACAAUCGUAACUUUAAUUCUGGCGGUGGUGGAACAGGUGGAAAUAGCGGAGGGGGCAACUACAAUAAUCGUUAUAACAACCAAUCUAAUUAUCGUGGAGGUGGUGGAGGAGGAGGAGGAGGGGGUGGAGGAGCUGGAAGCGGAGGUGGUAGCAGUUAUCGCAGCAGUUUCGGUUCAAGUGGUGUAAGCACCGGAAGUGGUUUGACAGGAGCUGGAAAUCUCUUUAACAUGGUUGGAAGAGGAAACUUUUCUUUCAGUUCCCAAAAUCAAAAUAAUGACAAUUCAAACAACAACAAUCCCAACAACAAUAACCCAAAUAAUCGAGAUCGGUUCAACCGUAACAACAAUAAUAACACUAACAACAAUAUCAACAAUAGAAACAAUCAACGCAACUCCCUUCCCAUCAUGAAUAAUAACCAAUCUAACGACAGUUUGAUAACAAUAAACCAAUCACCCUUACAACAGCAUCGGCAGCAAAAUCUACCUAACAUGUCAAAUCAGAAUUCGCAAUACUCAAAUAACCAGCAGCAAAACAUAAGCAUGGGCCCAAAUAAUGCACUGUCCCAGCCACCGCCAUUUCCUUGUACCCUGCCGCCGCCACAACCAAUAUAUGGUCCACACAAUCAACCUAUGCAGCCAAUGCUAACACAACCGCCUCCAAUGUUUCCAAUGCUGCAACAACAUCCACCACCACUUGUAGCACCACCACUUGUUGCACCACCUGCGAUACCAUCAUUAAUGGCUAAUCCAAUAUCAGCGCCACCAUUGCCUGCUCCACCAGCUUUUAAUAGUUCACUAUUCCAAUUAACUGCAGACUAUGAUAAUGAUGAAGACGAUGAUUCAAAUUGUCCAAACUUUUCAGUGUAUUCAAUGGAAUCACUGCAAGUUGCUAAAUCUGAUGUCAGACCUGCUGCUGAGUUGAAAGGCGAAACGCCAAAGGAAGACGAUGAAAACGAAGAUUUAGUGCAAUUAAGUGAUGACGACGAAGCUACGGGCACUAAUAAAGACGAUGAAGAUGAAAGUGAAAUACCGUUGCCACCAACACCUUCAGUAGAUAAAAAUGCGUCAGAACAAAAUAAAAUUUCGGAACUAUAUGAACCUGAUCAGCCAACGUACGAAUCAGAUGAUGAAAACGAAAAUGAAAAUGCUGCUGCUUCUAACGCAGAAAAUAACCCAUCUAAUGAAGAUGAUCAAAAAAAUGAUCGCUCUAACAAUGACAUUGACAUUGAGUCACAACCAUCACCAGAAAAUGAUAUGGAAAUUGAAAGCCAAGAUUCGACAGCUGAGAAAAAAGUUACGUCUGAACCAAGUCAAAUUGAUGAGAAUGAAGACGCAGAAGUUGAAAAAUGUACUGAGGAUGUAGAAAACGAAUCUGAAGUAAUAAAAAAGCAAGUCGAAUACAAAACCAAACGUUCUACUCCUCGCAAGGGUGUUCUUGAAUUGUAUGAUGAUAGUGAUUGGGAAGAAUUGAAUAUGGAGAGACCUAAUGUCGAUGAUUAUCAAAUAAGAACUCCCCCAUUGGAACCAAACUCAACGAAAACAAAUGAAGAACUUGUUGAUAAAGGUGAUAAAGACGAUGAAGACGAUAAGGAUAAUAAAAAUGAUAAAGAUGAUACAAAUGAUAAAGACGUUGGCGACGAGGAAGAAGAGAAUAUGACACCUACGCAACCAAGACCCAGCUCAUCAUUAGCUGAAGAAACUAUUGUAAAUGAAGGUGAGAAGAUCGAUGAAGAAAAAGAUGGAGAUGGAGAAGACAAAGAACAAGACCGUUCGUAUACUCCUUGUUUAGACGAGAAGAACGAAGAAGAAAACGAUGGAGCAUGUACACCAGAACUUGCUGGCCCAUCAACAGCCGAAAACAAUGCAGAGGAAGAAUCACAUACGCCGGAUCACACUGCGAUAACAUCUGAUGCAGCGGGUAUAGCUGGAAUGGAAACAGAGCUUAUUUCAGAAGAAGAUGACUCUGACAAGCGUGACAAAAAUAAACGCACUAAAGGAACAAAAGAUAAAGAACAAUUCAAAAAGGUAAGCAAGAAUCAAAAAGUUCGUAACUAUCGUACUGAGAAGGCAUCAAAUGGUGUCCGACGAAAAUCGAGAAGUCGUCGUCGACGUUCCCGUAGCAGAACAAAUGACAAAGAGAACAAUGGAAUUUAUCGAAGAGGUAUACAAAGAGGUGGCCGAUUUAAGCGACGUGAGAUUCCACGUUAUAACGUUCGAAAUGUAGUAAAUCAUCAGAGAUCUUUUAAGGAUCGUUAUGGACGCGACACAUCACGUCCAGCACGUUCAACCAGCAGAACACGUCGUCGACGUUCAUUUUCAAAGUCAAUUUCUAGGUCAAGAUCCAGAUCAAUUUCUGGACCAUCGCCGACAAAGCGACCACGGCGAAGUUUUAGUAUGUCGCCAACACCUCCUAGACACAACAUACAACGACGACCGUCGAUGAGUCCACGUAGAAGAUCACGCUCUCCAAUACGUAGGUCACCAAUUCGUCGUAACUCAAGGAGUCCGUUGCGCAUGCGGUCACAUUCAAACACACCGCCGGCGCGUCGUAACAAGCACAAAACUAAGAAAAUUAAACGCUCAAUUACACCAAUCAAUAGGGCACGUUCUUUAUCAAGGUUUACACCUCGGCUGAGUCGUUCGAGAACACCACCGCGACAUAAGACUGUCAAAAGACCGAAAGAUCGUAAUAAGAAAAAAAAGAAGAAGCGACAAGCAUCACCAAGUCCUCAUGCAGGGUCUCCCUGGGGAAGGGCACCAUCGCGACAAAGAGAGUCGAUGCCUCCAACAAAGCGCAAACGUCACCAUACCCCAAAGGGAAAGUCUCCUGUAGUUGAUCAGGGUUGGUCACCGUCGCCAAGUCCACCGCGGCCAUACUUGCACGAAAACAUUUCGUGGACACCACCGUUAACUUCACCUGCAGGGCCAAGUCGACUUCGUCGCAACGAACAGUAUAAUGAAUUCCCAAUUACAUCAAAGCCACCCAAAGAAAAGAAGAAACGUGAAAAAAAGAAAAAGAAGAAUGAAAAAAGACGUCAAGAAAACUCUAGAAAUAAGGAAAAACGUCGUAGAGAACCAGGUGUUCUUAGCGCAGCUGCGCCCUCAAAGGAAGUUUUUGCUUCUGGCAGUAAUAUUCUGGUGAGUGUGAGUUUCAAUAAAGACGGAACACAGCCGCAACAGCACACAGUUGUUACUCUUCCCCCAACACGUGAAGAAGUGCUUGCAGGAAUCAGAGGUCGCUCCAAGGAACGCCAAGUAGAGAUACAAGGGAAGAAAAAGAGAAGGAAAGAUGGUCGUAAAAGAAAGAAGAACGAUAUGAAACCUAUCGCAAUAAUUGACCUUGAAAGAUCACCUUUCCAGGUAAUGCAAGAACCUACAGACGUGAUAGUCCUCACUGACAGCGAAGGCAAUGGCCAAGACGAUGAUGAAAAUCUGAAUGUAAGUCGUGAGUCUGCAAAUGCAAUGAUGACAGAAAUGGACCACCACGAGGGCUCAUCGCAUAGAUCAGCCAAUAUUGAUAAAACUCCACCUUUAGAUCGGCUCCAGGCCAUCAUGGAGGAAUCAUAUGAAAAUGCUAUUCAACAGCAAGGUCCAAAAACUCCUCCUGAACCACAAGGCGGUAUCAAAUUUAAUCUGAUCAACAAAAAUAAACAGAAGCAAAUUCGAAAUGUAUUACACGAUUCAGGAGAAAUCGAAUCGGAUGAACACCACGAAGAGGAACGGGCAGAAGAUCGGGAUCCUAUGCAACAAAAUGCAAACAAAAUAGGACCUAACACGCCACCAGAGUCUGGGCCAUGCUCGCCAGAUGUAUACGAUCCAUUCGAUCCAACAAAAUCGCCUUCCAUGUCCCCCAGAUCACCAACACCACCAUUGGACGUUUCCCAACACGAAACAGUACCGGACAAUGAUAAACAUUCUACGGAAGAAUUGCGCUCGGAAACUCGCAUGACUGUAUCAUCGGGAGGUCCUCCUGCCCCCGAAAAGAACACUUUGAAUCCCGUCGAUUUAGUUAUGGCUCUCAUGAAUACUAAAACCAAUAGCUCCCAAGAUUUAGCCAAUAAGUCCAAUGAGUCGCAAUAUAAUUCUAAUCAAGUUGUGAAUCUCCUAGAUGAAAAUGAGAAGCCUGAGGAAAAUGCCUCUAAUCUGGGCAUAACAAUUCUAUCAAAUGUACUCUAUUCAACGGGAAAAAAUCAACAUAUACCAAUUAUCUCAAGCCCGCCAUUAUCAAAGAGUUCCUCCAACAAACCACCACCGAAAGUCACAAACAUUUUGAGCAACCUUCCUGGUCUAGGUAAUCGUCACAAUGGUGAAGGAGAUGCAAUGAUUAAUGAGAUUGAAAGUCCUUAUUCACCGGGAUCGGCAGAUUAUGAAGAUCUAUUUGAGCCACCACCAGACACAAAUGGAGGGACAAAAAGACGACGCGGUGACAAGCGUGGUGCCAAAAAAGAUGGAGACGUUUUUGAAAAUUUAUUCGGCUCAUCGCCACCACAUCAAUUUGUUAGAGCUUCGAAUGCUAGAAAACACAAAACAGCAAUGGCUUCGGCAAGGAAUAAACACAAGAUGAUUGUUAAAGUGCAAAAACUACCAGGGAAUGAUGAGCAUGUUAAAGUGUACGAUGACUUACCAAAUUCCGCAGUGGAAUUACAAGUCAAGGAUAAGGUAAGAUUUUUGCGUAAAUUGAAUCGCCAAGAGCGUGUCGUGGAAGAAGUCAAAAUGAUUCUCAAGCCAAGAUUCAACAAAAAACAAAUUACCAAGGACGAUUACAAAGAAAUAAUGCGUCGUGCAGUGCCCAAGAUCUGUCACAGUAAAUCCGGAGAAAUCAAUCCGAAGAAAAUUCAAAACUUGAUAGAGGCAUAUGUUAAAAAAUUCCGACAGAAGCACAGAAAGCUUAACAUCCCCAAUACGGGUCAAGUAAGCAGUGCAGUGAAGUGUGCGGCUUAUUUGAAAAAGCUGUAGAUGCUUUCAAAAUAAUAUUAAGUUUAGAAAAGUAAACAGCGGAUUUAAGUUCGGAAUAAAACUUUUUUUUUUAAUUUGUUUCCGAAGAAAAGUAUAGAUGUCUCAUUUCCAAAGCAGCGAAGCAUGUCAAGAAAAUAUAUUCACCUGCAAUUAAAAAAAAAAGUUUUUAAUAUUACCCUAAGAAAUGCACUUCGUAUUUUUGUAUUUCAAAAUUUGAUUAAUUAUUCUCUUAGAAACAAAUAUUGUUGGAGAUAUAUUGUAAUUUUUUCUUUAUUUAAUUUUCAUUUAAAACACAUUUAAUUUAUUAUUAUUUCUUGAAAUUUGAAAUUCUUGCAUCCAUAUCCCUUCUGGAUAGUGUAGUCAAAAUAGCAAAUAUUUAUAAAAACAAAUCUUCUGGUAUAAUUGGUGUCUGUGUUUUUUGAAUUACCUUAGAAAUAGAAAUUAAACGCUAUAAAGAUCUACCAUUUUCACAAUUUGGCUUUAUAUCAUUACUAUAUUAUGUACUUUAAUUGUAAGUAAAAUAAAUAACUACUUAAAUUUAUAAACAAAGACUAACUCUUUGUUUUUUUUUGCAAUAUUCUUGAAAAUAGAUAACAACAACAUUGAAAAUAGAAAACUUUAACUUGAAUGAUUUAACCAAGUUCAUAAUUCUGUAUUUAUCUAUAUACACUAUAAAUUUAAUAGUAUAAAUAAAAAGAAAUUGUAAAAAAAGAA